CUAGACUCUAGAUCUUUAUUUUAGAUUAUUUUAUCUGGCGCCCCCGAUACUGGAGGAAGUGCGGUGUCUGCUAGAUCUGAGUUUCAUAACUAGUUUUUCUAAAAUACACCUAGAAUCUAGUCAUUCUAGUGAUCUAAAUCGAAAACGAUUGAUUUUGGUCGGUCACUAGUCACUAUAAAAGGUUUUCUAAAAUGGUUAAUGAUAUACGGACUUUAGGGAAGUCAGGCAAAAGGUUUACAAAUUGGGCAAAAACUUAUACAUGUUCUCCUGAACUCUUUUUUGAACCAGAAACAGAGGAUGAGAUUAGAAAGAUUCUUGCUUUUGCUCAAAAAAAAGGGAAAAAAGUUAAAGUGGUUGGCUUUGGACAUUCACCUUCUGAUUUAGCAUGUACCACAGAUUUUAUGAUCAGUCUCUGUCGAUAUAAUAAAGUUUUGAAUAUUGACAAAGAAAUGCUUCAAGUGACAGUACAGGGUGGAUGCUUACUUAAAGAUUUAAAUGAUAAUAUUCUACCUGCCAAUGAUAUGGCGUUGUCUGUGCAAGGAGCUGUUUGUGAUUUAACUGCAGCUGGGGUUAUCAGCACUGGUACUCAUGGAACUGGAGCCAAUUUUGGAAUCAUCUCUUCUUAUGUUGUAGGCCUUACACUAAUGAAAGCCUCUGGUGAAGUGAUUGCUAUAAGGAAAGAUGACAAUCCUGAACUGUUAUCUGUUGCUGCUCUUAGUUUGGGGUCAUUAGGAGUAAUUCUGUCUGUCACUCUGCAGUGCGAGAAAGCAUUCAAACUGCAUUGCAAACAGCUUCCUAACUCAUUACAAAAUGUAUUGGAGAACCUUGAAGUAUAUGUAACAAGUUCAGACCAUUUUCGCUUUUUCUGGUACCCUUAUACAGAUUCAGUUGUUUGUUUUAAUGCCACUAGAACAAAUGAGGAGCCUCAAAUGAAAUCUAGUUGGAUUUGGGAAAUGGGUGUUGGGUAUUAUCUCCUCCAAGUUUUGUUAUGGAUUAGCACAUUCUUUCCAAGACUCGUACCAAGUAUAAACAAGCUGUAUUUUAACCUUUUGUGCUCUAAAGCAGUCGAAAGAAUUGAUCGCAGUGACAAAAUCUUUAAUUUUAAUUGUUUAUUUAAACAAUAUGUAAUGGAGUGGGCUAUUCCUAGGAACAAAGUCGCUGUUGUACUCUAUGAAUUAAAAGAGUGGAUAGAAAAGAAUAACUUCCCUGCACAUUUCCCUGUAGAGGUCAGAUUUGUUAAGGCUGACAAUAUCUAUCUAAGUCCAUGUUACAUGCAAGAUUCAUGCUAUAUUAAUAUAAUCAUGUACAGACCAUUUAACAAGUUAGUUUCUCAUGAAACUUAUUGGAAUGAAUAUCAGAGUAUUGUGGCAAAACAUGGAGGCAGGCCACACUGGGCUAAAGACCAUAAUUUUACUGGAGCUGAAUUCUCUAAGUUGUACCCUAAAUGGAAUGAAUUCUGUGCUGUUCGUGAGAAGAUGGAUCCUAAUGGAAUGUUUCUAAAUGCUAAUUUAGAGCGUGUAUUUAACACCCGUCCAUCCCCACCCAGGACCUACGUUUGAGGAUGUUAUAAUGAUGCAGGGUUAGACUAUUUCUCCAGUGUUUGACAAUAGUGAUGAGUGAAAAGCAGACACUGCUUUUUAAAUUUUUGUCUAAAUUAUUGACAUUAUUUUUUUGUUGAAAGAAAAUUUAUAUAAAUUUAAAUGUAUCUGACAAAACAAUUUUUAAAAUUAACCAUUCCAAUUGAUUUUACAAUUAUACCCAUUUAAAAAUAUAAUUUCCAUUUGUUUUUCUUGUGGUUUAACCAGACAUUUUUAUUGCUAUUGUUCACUUGGAAUAUUUUUUUACUGGAACUUAAAAGGUUUGAUAGAUUCAUAUUGUUUUUUGCUUUUGAUGCCUAAGGUAUAUACAAAAAAUGAACAGAUCACUGAUCUCUUAAAAAAUAUUUUUAAAUAUACAUGACACUUGACUUUUGAUGUGAAAACUUUGUUCUUUUAUAUUUUUUUUUUUUAGUUUCAGGGUAUAAAUAAAAAUUUGGAAUAGAAAAUCAAGUUUAAAAUUGUAUCAAAGUAAGUUUAAAUAAAAAUUCAUAUGAGAUCUGUUUAUCUAACAUCUUAACACUAGUCAUCUGAAUACUUUUCAACCAUUUAUCUAAUUUUUGGUUAAUCAAAGAGUAUUCACUAUGGCAUUUAAUUUCCUUAUAUGGAAAAUGUUAUCAUUGCUGAUGAUUUAUACUGUUGUGCUGUGCAGUAUUUACCUAGUACUGUUUCUUCAUUGAUUUGUUUAUGCACUAAAUAAAGAACUAAAUUUAAAAUACAAAAUUUUAUAGUUCUUAUGAAUAAUCAAAAGUGAGAAUUUUGUUUAUCAGUUUCAUUUUUUAAAUGCAUUAUACUUUAUACACAAUACAACUUUGGAAAAUUAGCUUUUUUAUAAAAAAUUAAGUGACAAUUCUGCUUACUAAAUCAUUAUUAGAUUAGUAAUGUUAUAUAAUUUAUAUAUUUUUAAUAGACUUUCCUAGUCAUGAAACAAACCAUACAGGUUAAUUUAUCAUAAUUAUACAUCCAAAUGGCUGUUCAUUUUUAUAUUUUAAAAUAAAUUUUUAAAAUAUAUAAAUUUGCCUUUUUUGUGAAAUCACUUGUAACUUUCAAAAAGGCAUGGUUGAUGUAUUUUCAUGAAUUACUCAUUGUAUUUCAUUUAUUAAACCCCUUUAAGAUCAUUUUAUUUGAAACAGCAUUAUCAGAAACAAUGUAUUUACUUUACAACAUUUUUAUGUUUGAAAAACUUGACAAUCAUGGAGUCAUAGCAUUAUGAAAGCUUUAUCAUGUUAAUUAGGAUGUUAAUUUAAUUCUUGUUGAACAGAGAAAUCUAAUAAAAAUAUAAUUGUUAAAAUUCAAGAUUAAGUGUUUUUCAUCAAACCUUAUAAAACACUGU